GGUCAAAUGUCAAUGCCACCAUCAUUUUACAAAUUAGCCAAUAAAUUAAAAUAAACACAUGAAACGACGACAUAGAAUUAAUAUUUCAAAUGCAAAAAAUAAUAAACAACAACAACAACAACAACAACAACAACAACAACAACAACAACGACAAGUUCCUCAACUUGAUGUGCAAAAUAAUGAAACAAUUUUAUUAGAUAUCUAGGUCGUACCACACAUUAUCGUGAACUGUAAAGCCUGGAAUAUUGCAUAGAGAAAUUUAUCACUUUUGUCGUUGUUUCUGUUUCUAGUUUUUAGUCGGUGUUACAGGGCGAAAUUGCAAAACGAAAAAAAUUUUUUAUUAAAGGAAUGCACCCCUGGUAUUCUGGUCUCUGAUUCUCUGCGGAUCUCUGCAGCAUGAAGCAAAUAAAAAACGCAAUAUAUUUAUUGGCAGUACUGACUUUAAGAUUUGGAGUAUGUACAGACAUUCAAAGAUGUAUGCCAAAAAUCGGUAAUGAUUGCAAUAAUAGGAGGAGGAAUUGGCGGUGCAUCAGCCUCUCAUUUCAUCAAACUGAAGUUUGAUGGAAACGAAGAUCUCAAAAUUCACUUGUUCGAGCCAAAUAAAAUUGGAGGGAGAUUAGCAACAAUAUUUAUUGAUGGUAAUGAAUAUGAGGCUGGAGGUUCAAUCAUACAUUCACGAAACCGUCUGAUGAAAUAUUUCGUUAAUUUACUUGGCUUGAAAGAAACACCGUAUUCAGAUGCAAACGCUAAAAAAUUUGCCUUUUGGAAUGGGAAUGAAUUGAUUUUCAAAUCAAGUAAUUAUCAAGUUGUUACUUUAACCAAAUUGGUCUAUCAAUAUGGUCUUCAGCCAUUUCAGUUGAAUCAUUACAUUGAUUCAAUUCUUGAUGAUUUCGAAAAAGUUUAUGAUAAUCAUGAGAAUAAUCAAGCAUUCAAAAAUUUGACGAGUUUAUUAUCAUCUAUGAAUAUGAAAUAUCCAGAAAUGUUAAAGACAUCAACAGAAGAACAUUUUAAAAAUUUAGGAUACUCUCUUAAAUUUAUUGAAGAGAUGAUCAAAGUGAGUUUAGUUGUAAAUUAUGGACAAGAAAAUAAUGUACAGAGUUUCGUCGGAUGUGUUUCCGCUGCAGGAGCUGGAUCAUCAUUAUGGUCAAUAAAAGGAGGCAAUAAAAAAGUUCCGGAAAUGUUGAUCAAGCAGAAUGAUAAUAUUGAACUUUUUUCUUCAAUUGUCGACAGGAUAACGUUAAAUUCAACUAAAACGGAGCAAACUCAGUAUACGCUACGUUACAAGAGUCCAGGAAGUUCAGAGGAUUAUCAUUUCGAAAAUUAUGACAUUGUUAUUAUAGGAAAACCUCUCACCGACGAUCACGACAUGCCAAUUAAAUUCCGCAAUUUCGAUAGUACUAAGAACUUCAAAUUUCCUGGCAAAUAUCAGAUCACAUAUGCAACAUUUGUAAAAGGAACUUUAAGGCCGUCUUACUUUGGGGAUGAGGAUUUUUUUGAUGCUAUUUUUAGCUGCGAUCCAAACAAGACAACAAUCAGCUCUAUAUCAAGACUUGAAACAGUUAAAGGAACUGUAUCCGAUGUUUGGAAAAUAUUCUCCAAAACUUCGUUGGAGCGACAAGUGAUUAAUAAAAUAUUUUCGGAAGUGGUUUAUGUUAAAGAAGUAAAAUGGAAAGCCUAUCCGCAGUACAACACUCGUCAAAGGUCAGACAGAUUUUGUUUACAUGAUGGGUUGUAUUACAUAAAUGCAAUUGAAUGGGCUGCGAGCGCUAUGGAAAUGAGUGCAAUUGGAGGCAGAAAUGUUGCUAUUCUAGCACACAAAAAUUACAUGAAAACAUGCGAUAAUAAUAAUUCACAAAAACUAAAAAAAAUAAAACCACACAGUAGUCAACAUGUUGAACUAUGAUAUUUCGUGAAAGACAAAAUAUUUCGUAGAAAAAAAAAACAAAAACAUAAUUUUAAUUUAAAUAAUAUUUUGACUGUAGUU